CUGGGCUGAGGUGCUGAUUUUCAUGGAGCCCAGGCAGGAGCACGGCUGGGCCUGGCUGAGCUGGGAAGGAGCGUGCUGGGCUCAGGCAAAGGAUGCCCAGUUUGGGCCUGCACAGCCUGGAGCUGGGCAGGCAGCAGGGCCUUGUGUGGUUUGGGGUGCCUUGCGGGCUGUGUCUGAGGUGUGCGUGUGCUCUGCUUCCUCCCUGCCCUGUGUGCCAGCUGCAGCGCCAGGCUCCAGACAUGUCCUGCCCUGAGAAGUGCCAGCAGUGCCAGCCCUGCAACCCUUGCUGCCAGCCCUGCGGCCCCUGCCCGCUGGCCAACAGCUGCAAUGAGUGCUGUGUCAGGCAGUGCCAGAGCUCCCACGUGGCCAUUGAGCCGCCUGUUGUGCUGGUCACCCUGCCCGGCCCCAUCCUCAGCUCCUUCCCACAGAACACCGCCGUGGGAUCCUCCACCUCUGCUGCCGUUGGCAACAUCCUCAGCUGUGGUGGAGUGCCCAUCAGCUCUGGGGGCUUUGACCUCUCCUGCAUCACCAACUGCUAUGGCAGCAGAUGUUGUCCCCCCUGCUAA